AUGAAGGGUAGCAAGAAUCUUCGCAUUCUCUGCACAAACGCUUUCGGCCUAGCCAGCAAACUUCCCGACCUACAGCACGCACUCCUGCAGCAUCACCCCGACGUAGCAAUUGUGACAGAAACGAAGUUCACUGCGGAGAAAGUGCUUCCCUCUGACAUCAGCUUCCCUGGAUACAGCUCACCACUUCGGUUGGACAGAACGGCACAUGGGGGAGGGGUAGCCAUCUGGGUGAAGUCGUCACUCCCCUCCAUGCUGAUCCCUGACCUCAUGUCCCCCGCACAUGAGAUCAUCUGGGUUUCUCUCCAGCUGGCCCCAGGUCUCCGCACCGUCUUGGGAGCAGUGUAUCGGCCAGGGUCCUGUGCCCCUGGCGAUCUUACCUUAAUCGAUCAUCUCGACAACAUCCUCCCAGAAGCUAGACACCAGGGCUCCCACAUUAUCCUAGCUGGCGAUUUCAACGUGCACAACCGGGCUUGGCUGAACAGCUCGAAAUCUACGCCUGCAGGCGAGGCUCUCGAAGAUACCUGCGCUGCCCAUCUUCUUGUCCAGCAUGUCACAGUACCGACUCGUGGAGACAACCCGCUAGAUCUCAUAAUGUCAACGUUCACGUCCCCAGUAACUACACAUAUACUUCCGCCCCUCGGUCGAUCUCACCAUGCAGUUGUACUGUCAGACUUUUCUUCCGUGCUCCCUAGACGUGAACCCCCUGUUAAGCGAACAGUAUUUCGCUACAACAGGGCAGACUGGGAUCGCCUUAGGGCGCACCUUCGCAACGUGGAAUGGGGUGAUAUCAUCACGGAGGACCCAGAAACUUCCUGUGAGCAGGUUACCGCUUCAAUUACUGCAGCUGUUGCACAGUUUGUCCCAUCCAAAGUUCUGGAAACGAGGCCUUCCGAUCCGGUAUGGUGGACGCCUGAAUGCACAGAGACCGAGAGGGAGAAGGACAAGCGCUGGCGCGACUGGAGAAAACACCCUUAUGACCCAGCACUUCAGCAGGCAUUCACCGAUUCCGUGACUGUAGCGAUCGCCACCCAGUUCCGAUCACGACGUGCAAAGGAGGACAGCCUCCGUCGCAGCCUCUCAACUGGGUCCCUCAGAGACAAACAGGGGUGGACGAAGUUGAAGAACGCUGCUGGCAACCGCACACAGCCCGAAAUUCCCCUAGUUGUCGACUCUGACGGCCGUGAGUGGGCAACAAGCUCAGAGAAAGCAGAGGCAUUCGCUCGCUUCUUCUCGAAGAAAUGUAGCGUUGCCGGUCCGGACCUUGUGGAGGCUGACCUACCGGACCCUGCUCCCUCAGAGGCUCCACCUCUUCGCACCAUCCGCUUCCGCCCACAGGCUGUCCGCCGACUCCUGGCAAGGCUCGACGUCUCCAAGGCUACCGGGCCUGACGACGAGGCCGAUGUAGAUGUCAAUACCAAAGACACGUCUGUUAAUGGCAUUGCCUGCUGCGAUGAUGCUCCAUUUCCAAUAGCUGUUGAUGUUGAUGAUGAGGAUGAGGAGGAGGAGGAGGGAGAUGAGGAAGAUGCCGACGACGACAAUGACGACAAUGACGGAGACGAUAAUGACUCUGCCAACCUCGCCCUAGAGCGAGUCACUGGUCUCGCAGACACACCAUCCGGUGGCUUCUUCGGUGGUCGGCCACGCUUUCUGCCACCGGAGGUGGACACAACGGAUGACAGUAGCGAGGAAGUCAAAGAAGACGAAACCGAAGAUACCAACGAUGAUGACGGGAUAGAAGGAAGAGGCGGUAAAGACUAA